CUUUUUAUUAACAACAAAAAUAAAUAAAAGCUUCAUUGAUAACUCUUUAUAAAAGCAAGACAAAUUAACGUGUGUCAUUGUAGAACCAUAUAACAACGUAGGAGAAAGAAGAAAAAAAAACAUUGAUCAUAGUCAACUAUAAACAUAGAUACUAUAUAUUAGAAGUGAUCACAAAUCACAACAAGCAUCAACAUGGAGAACAAUAAGAAUAAUUACUUUGCAAGAAGAAACCACUUCUUUCUUUCAGUUUCUAACGAUAGAGACUCUUCUUUAUCAUUAACAACGGAUUCAGAUUCCGUGUUUGAAUUCGAGGAAUCGGACAUUUACACUUCCAAUCAUGCUAACUCGACCGAGUUUCACAAAUCCAUUCAUGGCUCUCGCUCGGUCAAGAAGCAGCCUUCAUCAAAGGUAAAGGACGCUGGAGCUUAUGUUGGAGGAGCUCCAGCGUCCAUGCCAGUAAACAUCCCUGAUUGGUCGAAGAUCCUCGGGGAUGAGUACACAAAUAAUUACAUGAAGAAAAAUGGUAUGGAAGAGGAUGAAGACGAGGAUGAGGACGAUGGAUGGUUACCACCGCACGAGUUUUUGGCGAGGACAAGGGUGGCUUCGUUCUCGGUACAUGAGGGUAUUGGAAGGACUCUUAAGGGAAGAGAUCUAAGCAGACUUAGAAAUGAAAUUUGGGCAAAAACUGGGUUCCAAUAAUUUAACUACAUUUUUUUUUGUUACAUUUGUUUUGUUUUUCUCUUAUUUGUACUACAUGUGUUUUUUUGUUUUGAUUUCGGUGAUUGUACUUUACAGUAUGUGUUUAUAAUUGAGUGAAAUAUAGUAAUUUUUCUUUUUUGGUAUGAGAUGAUCAUGUAUGAGGUUUCAAUCAUUAAUUUGAAAGGCUAUGUUCUCUU